CCCUUUACUUUCGAUUAUUUUUCUCCUGCCCUCUUUUUCUUCUUCUUCUAUCUUUAGCCAACAGAUGGCUCUAUCUCUACUCACCUUCGCCGCCGCUGCCACCGUAUCCUUCCGUUCUCCGCUUCCCCUUUACAGCAACCAGUCUCCCUUCAAAACCCAUCAAUCUUCUUUCCUCCCCGUCACCUCUCCCGCCGCAUUUACAAAACCUAGUACUUCCCAAAGUACACAAUCUUCACCGCUCUUCCGGAGGAAGUUGCUCUGCGCUCCGGUCGCCGCUGGCAAGUAUGUCAGAGAAGAUUCUCUCAUUAAGAAGUUGACAGCGGAUGAGGUUGAAGAACUUGUAAAGGGGGUAAGAAAAGUACCUCUGAUAAUUGAUUUCUAUUCAACGUGGUGCGGUCCGUGUAAUUUGAUGGCUCAGGAACUAGAAAUGCUUGCUAUUGAGAAUGAGAACAAUGCAUUGAUAGUGAAGGUUGACACAGACGAGGAACAUGAGUUUGCUCGAGAUAUGCAGGUUAGGGGUUUGCCAACGUUGUAUUUCAUCAGUCCAGAUCCAAACAAAGAAGCAAUCCGAACUGAAGGGCUUAUUCCAUUACAGAUGAUAAGAGAGAUCAUCAACAACCACAUGUGACUUUGAGAAAGUUCAUCAUUCUUCUCUACUAAUUCUAUGAGAAUCAAUGUGGGGGUUUUGUUAUUGUUGUUUGUUGUUGUAGAGAUUGUAACAAGUUUUGGGAAUAGAACAUUCAACAUUGUUUGUUGAUUUUUUCUAGGUUCAUCGAACAUAAACUGAUAUCUUCUUCUUUAACACUAUAUAUAGGAUCCAAAUUAAGAUGGUGAUUUUUAGCCUUUUUAAAAUGUCUGUAACACAAUUCCCAAGUAGUAUCGGUUGUUGUUGGAGUAUGAAAUAUUAUUUAAAUGAUAUUCA